UAAAAACUAGAAGUAUGGUUUGGGAUUAUUUUAUUCGGACUGAGAAUGGUGGUUUUUGUAAAUUAUGUGGACAGACCGUAAAGAGUGGUGGAAAUACAACUAAUUUAAAAAAUCAUAUAAAUAGAAAGCACGGAGAUAUCAGCAUUACGAAGUCGAACAAUGUACAGAAUAAAAGGAAACAAGAAGAACAACACGACCAUAGAAAGAGAAAGGAUUAUGUUAACGAUGACCAGGAUGAUCCUGAUAUUCCUGAUAAGGACGACCCUGCUUAUUCUAAUGAUAGUAUUGAUAUUGAUACUAUUAAUAGUAAUGAUUCUGAUAAGGAUAAGGAUAAGGAUAUAAUAUCAAUACCAUCUCCAUCUCCAUCAUGUUCUUCUAGUUCUUCAAAAUCUCUAAACGUAAAAAAACUAAAAAAUGAAUCAAUUGGAACAAAAACAGUAAAACUUUUUCAACCACGAAUUGACAAAGCCCUACUAAAUGUGAAAGCAUUUGAGAAGAGGGAGGUGUAAGAAGUGGUAAAAUAACGAACGGAAUUAUAUACAUGAUCUCAAAAGACAUUUUACCUUUCAAUACAGUGGAGAAAGAAGGUUUCCUUUAUUUAAUGAACAUAACUGCGCCUUUGUAUAAAGUUCCA